AUGGUAAGGCCUCUAUUUAUAGAGCUCCCUCAAUCUCAAAGCCAAAAAGGAGUUGACGAGGUCUUGGAUGGAUCUCUAAGACUUAUCGAUAUUUGUGCCACAUCUCUGGAUGUCUUGGUACAGUCAAAGGAACGACUUCUAGACAUACAAUCCGUUCUCCGAAGAAGAUGCAAUGGUGGACUCAACUUUACCAAUGAAUUUUCCGAGUACAUAAAAACCCGAAAAUUAGUUAAGAGGGUAGUCAAAAAGUGCUUGAAAGACAUUCAGGAAGUAGAAAAGAUUAAUGAAGCUAAUGCUACAGAAAGCAAGUUGAAAGAUGUUCAAUCAGUGACAGUUGAUGUCUUCAAGUCAUUGCUGUCAUACAUUGGUGGAUCACAAAAAAGUAACUGGUCUUUCUCUAAAUUUGUGCACGCCAAAAAAGCUGAGAAGGAAACAGCAUCCAUUAGUGCAUUUGAUACAGUUGAUUCUACUGUUGAACUGUCACAACUUAUCAAAUUAGAGUCUGAAAUUCAAGUCAUUGAACAAGAUUUGGAAUGCUUGUUUAGGCAUUUAGUCAAGACCAGAGCAACUCUAUUGAAUGGAGAAAGUAAUGACACAUGGAGUUGGUUUUUGGAUUGUAUAAGGCAAUAUGUAACUAAAAGGGAUGACUUAUGUGUCAUAUUUGAUCGUCACAAAGGAAUUUUACAUGCCAUGAACAGGGUUGGAAAAGCCUGGGAAGAACCAUAUGCAUUUUAUCGAUUUUGUAAACGACAUCUUGCUUCAAAUGUGCUUAAGAAGUUCAAGAUCAUAGCUGUCAAAAAUUUAUUUGGAAAAGCUUCUGAACAAACAAAGAUUCGAAAAUAUAAUUACUACAUGAAGCGCCUUAAAGAAUAUGAUGAGGAUGCAUACAAGUACCUAGUGAAAGGUUCUAUUCCUGAGCGCCAAUGGACUUUACUUUAUGAUGGUGGCCAUAAAUAUGGAGUGAAAACUACAAACAUGUCUGAAACGUUUAAUAGUGUAAUGUAG